AUGAAAGCGCUCAUCUACAAUGGAGUCGGAAAGUGCAAGCUCGUAGACAAGGAGAUUCCCCGGCUGAGCGGUGGCCUUGAUGCGCUGGUGAAGAUGCAGCGGACUACCAUCUGCGGCUCCGACCUUCACAUCCUGAAAGGCGACGUCCCGACAUGCACACCAGGAAGAACUCUGGGCCACGAAGGCAUCGGCGUAAUCGAGGAAACCGGGCAAGAAGUUAAGAAUUUCAAAAAGGGAGACCGGGUGCUGAUUCGAUACCAUUGCUGUCAAAUUCUUUUUGGACUCGCUGACUUUACGUUCUUUUCUUCUAGCAUGGCCGAUUGCUGUGUGAAGGCGGGCUGGAUUCUCGGUCACACGGUCGAUGGCAGUCAAGCUGAAUAUGUUCGCAUAAAGUAUGCUGAUACCUCGCUAUACCAUGUGCCCAACAACGUAGACGAGCGCACAUUACUCCUAUUCAGCGACAUCCUACCAACAGGCCUAGAAGUCGGCGUCUUGCGCGGAAAAGUACAACCGGGCUCUACCGUCGCGAUAGUAGGAGCCGGACCCGUCGGUCUCGCAGCUGGCCUGACUGCGCAACUGUACGCACCCCGCAAGCUAGUCUUCUUCGACAUGGAUGACUACCGUCUCUCCGUCGCCAAGAAAAUGGGCGCCACGCAUGUCUACAAUGUCAAGGAUAUAAAAGGCACAGUCCGCGACCUUGUAGCAGAGCACAUCGACGAGGCCGAUGGUUUUGAUGUCGUCAUGGAGGCUGUUGGCAUUCCCGCUACGUUCAACAUGUGCGAGGAUCUUGUUGCAAAGGGUGGGCAUAUUGCGAAUAUGGGCGUACAUGGGAAGAGCGUGGACUUGCACAUUGAGCGGCUGUGGGCGAGGAGCACGACAAUUAGUAUGGCGCUGGUGUCGGCACACACGAUUCCAACAUUGUUGAACUUGUUUGCUGCCGGUAAGAUUGAUGCGAGCGCCAUGGUCACACACGACUUCAAGUUCAGUGACAUCGAGAAAGCCUACGACCAUUUUGGACGGGCGGCUGAGACAAAGUCUCUGAAAGUGAGCAUCGAGUUUGACCCUUCCAGUGCAAAAGCGGGAGCCGAGAGGCGCGGGCAAAGAUUGUAA